AUGCCGUUCCCCGAACUCUUCAAGCUAGUACCCAGCUCGCCGGCCAGGGUUUGGCGCUGGAGCUGGGGACGUCCACAAGCUGGAACACUGGUUGAUGACAUCGAGCAACCGAGCACUCCGCCAGCCAGAGGCGGUGUCUAUUUCCCGAGCAUAGACGAUUCUGCGACAACUGAACAUGGAGCCCCCACUGGCCUUUGGUUCCGCAAGAGAUCACAACCGUCAGCACAACCUUCAAAACUUCGAAUAAGACCCAUCUGCCACCUCGGCAACCUCAAGCUAUCGCAGUUUAGGAUGUUCCUCAUUCUGACCCUCGUCUUCCUCGGCGGCUAUGUCCACUAUCUGUGGAAAGCGGAGGCCGCUCUCGGUGUCCCCUGGACACCCGACCCCGAGACCAGGCUUUUCGAACAACGCCCUCUCUUACCUCCGAUUAAGGAGACGAGCAUCGAGACCUACACUCUGCCAUUGCACACAAAGGGCCGCGACAUUGUCGACGAGGAAGGCCGCCGUUUCAAGUUGUUGUCCGUCAAUUGGUACGGAGCCAGUGAUGAGAUCAACAUCCCCAGCGGACUCGAUGUCCAGCACCGCGACACAAUUGCCCAAACCAUCAAGGGACUCGGCUUCAACAGCGUUAGAUUGCCCUACAGCGAUGAGAUGGUCAUUACCGACCCGCUCAUCCCUGCGGAGCUUCUGACUGCUAACCCGGACCUUGUUGGUAUGCGCGCGCUCGACAUCUUCGAGGCGUGCGUGACGGCGCUGACCGACGCGGGCAUUGCUGUCAUUGUCAACAACCACAUCACCCACUCCACGUGGUGCUGUGGCGCUGACCCUUGUGAUGCUCACUGGGCCAACGACCACCUCGGCCCAUUGUGCCGUAUUAAGCAAACCGAGGAGGACUGGAUUCAAAACUGGGAAAAGAUCAUGCUCCGUCUUGUCGAUAACCCGCGGGUUGUUGGCGUUGACCUGCGUAAUGAGGUCCGCGGCGUCUGGGGUACGAUGACCUGGGACAAGUGGGCCACCGCCGCCGAGAAGGCUGGUAAUAGAUUGCUAGAGAUGAACAAGGACUGGCUCAUCAUUGUCGGCGGUACUGAAUCUGGAAACGACCUCACUGGAGUUGCAAAGCGACCUGUCGUUGUCAAUGUUCCCGAUAAAGUGGUGUAUUCAGCUCAUGUCUACGCCUGGUCCGGCUGGGGAAGCCUAGAGGGCCGUUACUCCAAGCGUGGCUACGCCUCAUUCGUGAACUCGAUGCGACACAACUGGGCAUAUCUGGUCGAAGGCGACCUGUCGCCCGUUUGGGUGGGCGAAUUCGGCGCGCCUCACCAGCCCAGCAUUGGCGAUGCGAACUACUGGAACAACCUGAUGCGGUACCUCAAAGUCAUAGAUGCUGAUUUUGGAUACUGGGCGAUCAACCCGCGGAAGCCUCACGAGAAUGUCAAGGAGACGUAUUCACUCGUCGAGGAUGACUGGGUCACUCCUGUGCUGGACUACCGAAUGAAAGACAUGGUCGAGAUCAUGAGGCAAUAG